UUAAAAUUCAAUAUAUUUUGGAAAUCUUUUUUGAUCAGCUCUCCUCUUUAUGAAGUAUCAUUUAAGAAAGGCCUAAAAGAAAGAAUGAAGCACCUAAUUUUCCAUAAUUAUUUUCUAUUAGAAACUUACAUAUGACAGUAAAUCUCUUUCAUUUUUCACAUAACUGAUUUUCUAGUUUAUUGAAAACCUUCGUCAGCGUCAAUUGCUACUGUACUCCAGAAACCUGCUGUUCAAACCAACUUCGUUGUACCCUUUUCCUUGUUCUAUGAAUUUUUACGUAUAAUUAUUUUACAAUGUCGCGGGAUGUAUUCGAUGAAAACAAAGGCUUAGAAAAUUUCCAAAGGAGCCUUGGUUCCGUAGCAAAGGAUAUAGAGGAGGCAUCGGAUAUAUUGAUGUUCAUGGACAAACGCUUGGGUGUUUUAGAAGAAUCCACAAGCGUAAUUCGCGGAGACGUUACAAACUACAAUCGUGUAUCAAGCAACAUAUAUGAUACUCUCAAAGAAAUGGAGGUUCUACAAGUGAUUCACUCUAAUCUCCCUAAAAUUAAAGCGGAAUUGAAUACUUCGGAUAAAAAUGAUGCUUCAAUUACAGAAAAAAUACAGCUUGUAAUGAAAAUGCUGAGAGUGCUCGCUCGCUACUAUAUAAGUUUACAGUCAAGUCCACUUCAUUUUUCGACCAAAACACAGCGUAAAGUCGAGAUUGCAUUAAGCGAAACAUGCAGCAGACUUUCUUCCUUGUGCCAAAAAGUCUUACAGACUCAUGCAGCAUCAUCUUUGAAGAAGACAACGACCAUACUGGAUUUGGAUCAAACAUGGGCAUUUCCUACGGAAACGCUUCAGCAGUUUAUGGGAUUGAUCCAACAAUUUGACAAUGAAGUUUUAUAUCCUAUAUCUUAUUCCUCAGAUAUCAGUUCUAACUACGUCAAGACUAAAAGUGAAUGUUUGGUCCAGUUAUUAAAUUCCUUGUUCUCACAAUCUGAAGCAGGACAAUUGAAUGAAGCAUCGAAAGAGUUUGUUUUAGGAAAAGAAGAGAUUGGAAUAUAUUUGAUUGCUUUAGCUAGAAUUCUUUCUGCUACAGCUUCAGAGCUACUCCAAUUAUAUGAUACAGAAACCUCUCAAGCCUUAUACCAGCGAAUCGGAAAGAACGUUAUCUCAACUGUGUCAAAUAGUAUACAUCAAUGUGAAACAGCAUAUGAACAGCAGUCUUCUCUUGAGAAUCAUAUACUAUUUCCAUUAAUACACUGUGUGAAAAUCACUGAGGACUACAUUCAAAUGAAUAUGCCUUUCGAGGAUGUCGCUCUUUUCGAUUUAGUUUCUGGUGUUCGGAAGGAAGUCGAAAAAAUUAUCAUUUCUUCCUUAUCGAAUCUUUACAAUGGCUACUGCAACAGUUCUAAGCCCGUGGCUUUAAGCACAAACGGGAUCAGUGACAUUGCUCGAGGUAUUAUGCUAUUUUUAACAAGAUUAUGCCAAUAUAAGGAUUCAUUUUAUUUAUUAGAAAGUAUCGGUGAUUGGGGUUGGCGACAUGAAGUGACAGCCGACUUACCGCAAUCAACAACAGCAAGAGAGUUAGCCCAGAACUAUAUUAUGGACUGUCUCUUGUCUCAUCUGAAUUCUGUGGAGGAAAGUGCCAACGCUAUAGAUACCUUAACUUGGAAAAAGGGUAUAAUUCUCUUAAAUAUAAGUGUCUACUUUGAGUCUGCUUGCGUUGAAUCCGAAAUUGCAACUUACUUGGAUGACGAACAUUAUAACAACUUCUCAGAAUUAUCUCAAAAGUACUCAAGUAUGUAUAUGGAUGUUUGGCGUCAAUGUUCCCAAAACAUGUUAGAUGCUACUUAUACGAAAGCAAAAGAAAAACCGAAUAUGUCUACCAAAGAUAGAGAAGCAACCAAGGAGAAAUUCCGAAAUUUUAAUGAACAGAUUACUAGUAUAGUUGAGAACCACAAAGAAUCUGUACGCUUUGAGCCUUCGGUUGCUAAAUUUCUCUUACAAGAAGUGCGGAAGACAGUUUUGCCUUUGUAUCAGAGAUUUUAUGACAAAUAUUUCACGAGUGAUUUUACGAAGUACAAAGAAAAGUAUAUACGAUUUACAAAAGCUCAGUUGGAUUCAUACAUUACGGAAGCUUUCAGUCCUUCUCUGUCCUGAUCGUGACAAGUUUCAAACAUGAUAUAUAUUUAUGGAAAACAAUUCAUUAAUGAAGGUAGCACAUAGUUUCUCUUUAUCUUAUUCUUCAACUAGCUGUUUAUCUUGUAAACUUGACUUUUUAGAGUAGCAUUUGUUUGUUUUUAUCGCUUUAUUUGUAUGACCCUUACCCC